CCUCCAUCCCAAACCCACUUCACGCUUCGCAACGCAUCUCCUCGCUUCUUCUUCUUCCCAAAUCGCAGCAUCCAUCAGCCCGCGCUUCCCCAGAGCAGAGCAAGGCGGCCGAUCGAUCGAGACUCGAGAGAGAGAGGUAGGGGGGGAUCCAUCAGACCAGCACUGGCGAGAUCCAUGGACGCCUCGCCGUCGUCCCCGUCGAAGCUGGGGCACAGGCUGCGGACCACGGUGUGCUGCUGCUUCGGCGGCGGGAGCGGCGCCGCGGCCAGCGCCGGGACCAGGUGGCGGCGGCGGGGCGCGGCCGCGGGGGAGUUCCGGUACGACGCGUUGAGCUACGCGCUCAACUUCGACGAGGGCGGCGACGACGACGACGCGUGCGUGGACCCCGCCGCGGCCUUCCGGUACCGGAACUUCAACGCGCGCCUGCCGCCCUCGCCACCUCCCGCCGCCGCGCCGCAGCGGGCCGCGGCCAUCGCCAUCGCGUAGGAUCGAAUCAAUGAAUCGCUCCGUGACCUUUUUCUUUCUUUCUUUUCUCUCCCCUCUUGUAAUUGUAUGAUCUGCUGAGAGCUCUAUGCAGCGAAAUAGUGAUGAAUUGUGGUAUAGCAAUCCUGGUAGUAGUAGUAUAAUCUAGGAAUGUUCCAAUGCGAUGGUUUCCCACUGUGUAAUCGGGGUAGUACAGAUUGGCGGCGGCGGUGAUGAACCCUAGAAAUUGGGGGUUUUGAUCCGCCGACAGCAACCGAAUCAUGUUCCCCUUUUUGCUUUUGUUCCUCGGCGAGAAUUUCCUCUGUUUAUCCA